GUGCGCAUGCGCGCUGCGUGUAUCGCUCCGGCGAUGGCUGUGAGGGGAGGGAUGAGUCGGUGAACUGGCUCGUUCGGCGGCGGCGGCGGCACCAGCACCGGGCACCCGCGGCGCUCGCGCCAUGCGUCCCGUGUAGAGAGCGGCCGAGGCGGAAGGUCGGGGCGCCAUGAACCUGCGCGGGUUGUUCCAGGAUUUCAAUCCGAGCAAAUUUCUUAUCUAUGCCUGUCUGCUGCUGUUCUCUGUUCUGCUCUCUCUCCGUCUGGAUGACAAAAUUCAGUGGAGCUAUUGGGCUGUCUUUGCUCCAAUAUGGCUAUGGAAGCUAAUGGUCAUUGUUGGUGCCUCGGUGGGAACAGGAGUAUGGGCACGAAACCCACAGUAUCGAGCAGAAGGAGAAACCUGUGUGGAGUUCAAAGCUAUGCUAAUUGCAGUAGGUAUUCACCUGCUACUGCUGAUGUUCGAAGUUCUGGUAUGUGACAGGAUCGAAAGAGGAACCCAUUUCUGGCUUCUGGUCUUCAUGCCAUUGUUCUUUGUAUCUCCAGUGUCAGUUGCAGCUUGUGUGUGGGGCUUCCGACAUGACAGAUCUCUGGAGUUGGAAAUUUUGUGUUCUGUCAAUAUUCUCCAGUUCAUAUUUAUUGCACUCAGACUAGACGAGAUCAUCAGAUGGCCAUGGCUUGUUGUUUGCGUUCCUCUGUGGAUCUUGAUGUCCUUCCUGUGUCUGGUAGUACUCUAUUACAUUGUUUGGUCUGUCCUGUUCUUGCGUUCAAUGGACGUUAUUGCUGAGCAGAGGAGAACACACAUAACAAUGGCCAUCAGUUGGAUGACAAUCGUUGUUCCAUUACUCACAUUUGAAAUUCUACUAGUGCACAGACUGGAUGGACAUAAUGCAUUCUCAUAUAUACCCAUUUUUGUCCCUCUUUGGCUUUCUUUGAUAACUUUAAUGGCAACAACAUUUGGACAGAAAGGAGGAAAUCAUUGGUGGUUUGGAAUUCGCAAAGACUUCUGUCAAUUCCUACUUGAACUUUUCCCAUUCUUGAGAGAAUAUGGAAAUAUUUCCUAUGAUCUCCAUCAUGAAGAUAAUGAAGAACUGGAAGAAACACCUGUUCCAGAACCCCCCAAAAUUGCACCAAUGUUCCGAAAAAAGACUGGAGUGGUCAUUACACAGAGUCCUGGAAAGUAUGUUAUUCCACCUCCCAAGUUAAGCAUUGACAUGCCAGAUUAAGAUUAAUUUAGAAUGUGGACAACUGACAACAAAACUGGAACUGGGAAUGAACAGCCAAAUGUAUUUCAUCUCAUGCCUUGUUCUAAUUUCUUUAAGGAUAGGUAUUUGUCAGUUAGUGGCUUGUAAUGCAGAUGUUGGAGAUUUUAAAAUAUGAUUUCUUUCAGAGCUUUCCAUAUUUGCUUAAAAUCUCAUAGUAGCAAAUCAAAGUGGGAAGACUAGCUAUAGUAAGGUUCACAGGUGGAAACAAACUUUUU